AUGUUUACUAUAGGAGGGUUAUCAAGCCACUUAGCUCUCUUUGCAAGUUAUAAGAUACUUUUUAUACUUGUUAUAAGCACUACUAAAUGCUGGGAAGUACUGACAAUAGGAAUACUAAAUAUAUCUCUAGCCCCGAGGGGCUUACCCUUUGGGAAGANCCCCGAUGGGGCUCAUCCCGCAGGGAUAGUAAAAAUUUCAUAUUUUGUACAAUCAGCAGGAAAAUUAAAACCUGUAAAGGUAUAUGAUGAUCUUAAAUCAGAUAGAGCUAGAAUUUUUAAAGAAUGUGCUAAGGUAUCAGGUGUUUAUUAUUUAAUAAAUAACAUUAAUGGCCAUACUUAUGUAGGAAGUUCUAUAAAUUUAGCUGCUAGAAUGAAAAACUAUCUUAACAAUAGUUAUCUACAAAAGUAUGUUAACUCUGACCAGUUAGCUAUAAGAGAAACUCUAUAUAUUACACAAAUUCUUCCUUAUUAUAAUGUAUUAAAAAAGGGUUAUUCUUCUUUAGGGUACAAACACACGGAAGAAACUAAAACUCUUCUUUCUAAUUUAGCUAAGAAUCGGGUACAUUCACCUGAAACUAAGGCAUUAAUAGUAAAAGCUCUAACAGGUCAGAACAAUCCUUUUUUCGGUAAAAGUCAUACCAUGGAAAGUAUUAGGCAAAUCAUUAAAAAUAAAUCAUAUAAUCCUGUUUACAUUUACGAUUCCUAUAAAAAUUUAAUAGCUAUUUAUCCUUCAGUAAGAACAUUGUCUAAAAAGGUUGAAUGUGACUUAUUGGCUAAAGAAAUAAGAAGCAGAAUUGAAAUUACAAAAGGUGUUUUUGUUUAUGAUAAAAACAAAAAUUUUAUAGCUAGGUACAAGGGAGUAACAGAAGCUGGUAAAAUACAUAAAGUUAGUCAUCUUACUGUAAGAAGAUAUGCUAGUGUGAACGGAUUACAUCCUUCAGGUUACUAUUUUUGCUUUGAAAGAUUAGAAGCAAACUAUGAAAAAUCCAUAGUUGACACACAAGAUAAAGACUAA